AUGCCACCCAAGCGCAAAGCCCUCCCUCAUGCAUCACAAUACACCGUCGGCUGGAUUGCAGCUCUACCGCAUGAGAGAGCCGCAGCGUCAACAGUCUUGGACGAAAGACACGAUAAGCCGCAAGACUUCAAGAAAAACCCAAGCGAUCCCAACAGCUAUGACUGGGGUCGAAUCGGAGAGCACCAUGUUGUCAUUGCAUCGUUGCCUACUGGAGAAUAUGGCACAGUGUCGGCGGCAGAUACAGCAAGUGGCAUGCGUGCCUCACUACCUCAUAUUCGAAUUGGACUCCUUGUUGGGAUUGGAGCUGGUCUUCCUGGCGAGAAACGGGAGAUCUUACUCGGCGACGUGGUGGUGAGCAACCCAGACGGCACAAAUGGAGGCGUCGUCCAGUAUGAUCUGUACAAGGCCAAGGUGGAAGCCGGGGCAUCUGUACGGGAGCGCAAGGGAUUCCUUAACAGUCCCCCUCGGGCCCUGCGCAUUGCGCUCGGUGCUCUUCGAGCCGAGCACGAAAUGGAAGACUCGCAGAUUCCUGAAUUCCUACAGGCUUUUGAGCAGAACGCCAAAAUGAAGGUUCCGUACGGGUAUCCAGGUUCCGACAAGGACCCCUUGCGCCAGCCGGAAUCUCGAGACACUCCUGAGAUACACUACGGCACUAUUGCAUCUGGAAACGUCCUGAUCAAAGAUGCAGAGCAAAGAGACUCCAUUAUCGAAUGGCUUGGGAGGGAGAACGUGCAUCCUCUUUGCUACGAGAUGGAGGCUGCUGGCCUUAUGAAUAGCUUUCCAUGUGUUGUCAUAAGAGGCAUCUGCGAUUAUGCGAACGAGCACAAGAACGAUGAUUGGCAGCGGUAUGCAGCCGCUACAGCAGCAGCGUUCGCAAAGGAGCUCUUGCAAUACGUCGACACUGAAGAAGUUGAAAUAACCCCGAAGAUUGCAGAAGUUCUUGAGAAUAGUCAGUAG